CCAGUCGAAUCCGGAUUCGAUUAACAUUUGGGAUAAAAACCAGUUUCAGCUGGAAUCAACGCGUUAUUCUGUAUUAUAACUUACCAAAGUUAGGAAGUCGUUGCACACACACAAAAAUUCACCAGUAAUAUUGGCGAUAAUGUCCCCCCAAUGGCAGACUUAAAGCUGGACCAGCGUCGCCAUUCUUGGUGUAGGACUCUCAUUUAACAGUGACUUAGCCUCUUUCACAGAUCUGUCCGCUGUCUAUCUUCUCCUAUAUACAGAUUUAGGACAAUUAAAAAGAUGGAACGAAUAAUCUCCAAAGACAAAGUGAAGAAAAGCAUUAGAGCUGCUUUAAGAAGGAAGUUACCGGCUGACCAGUACACAACCACUGUCGGAUCCUAUUGCGAGUGGAACAGGGACGUCGAUUUGGACCCCCCAGACUUCGUAGAGGAGGCCCCAGAAAAUGACAAGUACAUUGAAAACUAUUACGAUGCCCUGCAGUAUUCUCUGUAUGAAACAAACUUCCCGGAAACCGUGGACAGAACGGAAGAUCCCAGGACUACUCCACCUGCCUCGGGGAUUUCCAUCGUUGUAAUGUCGUCCCCCGUGGAAUGCAUGGCCAUUUUACUGGAAGGGGGUCGGCAGUGCCCCGGGGAUAUGCUUCUGGUCAUGUCAAAGUCGUGGAUCACAGUCGUUCCUAGUGACUUUGACCCCUCUAUGAACAGCCUGUUCGUCCACAAAGCGAUAUCCUUUGACACGGGAGGUAGGACGUUUAUUGACGUCUUCGAUCCGCCCAGACAUGUGACGUACUUCAUGAAUUUUUUCACGAGGGCCAUUACAGAGGGCCAGACUGGAGAUGGGGAGGAGCUGGAGGUCAAUCUUGACUGCCCCAUGUCCAGCUCGCUAAAACUGGUCAAAAGAACAGACGACAAGUUGUUUACUAGGAUUCUGAUGGCUGAAGCUGGUGUAGCUUACCCGGAAACUCUUGCUUUUGGUUACAAAAUCCCCUACCCCUACAAUGUACCUAACGAUGCCAACAUUAGGAUUCUUAAGAUCUCGACCAAAGAAGGGGUAGACAACCUCAUACAGGAAGAAGUUAUGUCUUUCUUAAACAAACUAGAUGACGGCGUGGACAAGAUUGUAGUGAAACCGUCUGGAAUAAAAUGGCAUGGAAGUAUGGGAGUAUCCUUUUACAACAGGAUGGAUUCCAAGGCUAUUUGUGAUGCGGCAGCUCUGCUGCUUCAGGCUUUGGAUCCCGGAGACGGUGUUUUGGUAGAAGUGUUCUGUGGCCCAUGCGAAGAUGAUAACGCAAUGAAGGACUUUUCGUUUCGUCUUCGUGCCAACGUCUGCCGAGGGCCAGGAGACGUACCAACCACCACCACUCUUAUAUGUGGUGUCGGCAAGAAAAACGAACCAAUCAACGGCGACAAUACUGUGCCGCAAUCAUUGCAGACGACUAUGCGCCAGUGGGGUCUGGAGGCGGAGACGGAACGCAUAGUGGAGACGAUCAAAAUAGGAUCAGAGAAACUCCUUCAACGUGUGAUCAACCAUGAGAAUUCACUUACCUUGGCCGAAAAGGGGUGUGUAGGAGCGCAGACAGAUGUUAUAGGAAUUGACUAUUUCCUGAGUAAGAGGGGUGGAAAUUACAUCCCAUACGGAAUUGAGGUCAACAGCCAUGACUGCACCAUCAACUGUCAGCUGUACGAGUUCAUCAACCCCUCCCAGACCGGAAAAUCCGUGGCCCCCCUGGUGGAAACAAUGAUAGAACGAUCUCAGAAAUUCAUGGUCCAGGGUAAAAGGGUACUGGUCCUGAACUUGGGAGUCAAAAGCAAAAAGUUUAUACUGGAUGCUGCAAUUAGGGACAAUAUCAGGGUUAUUCUAUGUGAUACUUUUCCGGCAGAGAUGGCUCCUAAAGUCCACAGAUACAUCCAGUACGAUUUCUUAGACCACACACAAGACGAAGAGCAUGCGCAAAACAUCAUUGAAAUCCUUCAAAAGCAGGAAAUCAUCAUCGACGGCUGCUGCACUUUCUGGGAAGAUUGUGGACCUCUAGCUGCCAUCAUUAAUGAAAAAAUGGGUCUGAUGGGUGCCGGGGUAUCGGGAGCAAGGAGCGCAAAGCAGAAGUCUAAGACGCACCAAACGCUAUACAGUCGCACUGGGGACAUUCCUCAUUUUCCUAGAACACACUUGUACACAGAAAAAUGUAUUCAUGUGGAAAAAGCCGAGGACCUACCAUCCGCCGUGGCAGAAAUAGGCCUCCCUUGCGUGUUGAAACUGGAGUUUGGUUCCAGUGCAGUUGGCGUGAAGCUGUGUCACGACUUGGACGAAUGUACUAUGUACUUCAAUUCUCUUCAGAACCAACUUACCUGUGAAGCUGAUUUCCCCGGAAUUGGUCUCGGCCAUGGAAACAGCAUGAUGGUCAUGAAAUGGCUCAGAGGGACAGAGCAUGAUGUUGAUCUCGUGAUCUACAAACGUAAGCUUAUAGCAGCCUUUGUAUCGGACAACGGCCCCACACGACCGGGUUCCUUCACCGAGACCGCAGCCUGUAUGCCCUCCUGUCUACCUCCAGAUAAGAUCGGCCAGAUCGUCACGGCAGCCUACCAAUGCUGCACGGAGGUGGGGCUAAUCAACGGCGUCUUUAACGUAGAAAUGAAGAUGUCACCAACGGGACCGAAACUGAUAGAAAUCAACGCCAGAAUGGGCGGCUUCUACAACCGACACUGGAUCUUGAAGUGCUAUAAUGUUGAUAUGGUCAGGUGCGCCUUCUUGAUAGCCUGUGGAUUAAAGCCCGUUCCUCCCAAGGAGAAGCCAUCUUGUCAUAUCAUGGGCGUGAUGUGUAUACCGUCACAGCACGCUGAGGUCUUCAAAAGCCAGAUCUGGUCGGAGACAUUCCAAAAUGCCCCGGACAUUCUCUAUACUCUGAUUGAAGAUGAUUUCAGCCAUGCCACUCCCGAGACCGAGGAACCAAUGUGUAAUAUAGCCGUGUGCACACCUAGUAGGGCCGCAUCCAAGGAAAAGCUUUUGAUGAUCUGCGACGCUUUCAAAGUUACAAACAAUGAAUACGAUGUCCCGCACUAUGUCUCAGAGUUUAAUUGAUGAUCAAAAUUGCUGUAUUUUGUAAGUUUGAACAUUUUUUUCAUGUUGUAAACAAUUUAAUUGAUGCACA